CGCAUUCUUUGGAGUUGUAAACUACUCUUGAACGAUUCCGCACAUGUGAGGAACACCUUAUGUGGAGCAAUGGGCCAAGAACAAGCUAAAUGAAUGUCAGACGGUAUGAAAAUACCUACAUUGUUAAAACCUAUCUACAAUAUGGAUUAAACAUAUGCUUUGUUGUUAAGACUGCUUAUUACAGUUUUUCUCAAAUGCUAAAACACAAAAGCCAAUCCUCUAAACCAAAUGACCAGUUGUCUAAACACAUUUACUAAAUCUAGCCAUCAUUUUCCAAUAUCAUAAACACAUUUCACAUGAAGACACAAUUCACAAAACACAAUCCUCCGUUCUCAUAAAUCUUAACACAUUUUUCCUUGCUAAAACACAAGUUGCAAAAGAACUCUGCUCAUAUUCUCAAAUGAAAGCUCAUGUGAUGCAAAAUGCUUGCCACAGUCAGCAAUAUUUGAACACAAUGAACACACCUGGCGUCAUUCAUUACACACAACGACUCAAAAUUGAAGACACUUGUUGCUAAUGCUGUGACCACAUGUAUAAAAGCAAGUUCAGAGUGCACAGUUUGCUGAAGAUUCCAAACAAACACAAUGGAUGAAGGCAGAGUCAGGGGAAGAGGAAUUCGAGUCAGAGGAGGGAGAAGAGCUGGCCAUGGAAGAAGAGGAGCAGGCCAACAAGGGAGAGGAGAAGGUCCAGGAGGGAGAGCAAGACAACCUCGCACCAUCAUUACCGACGAGAUGCGAGCAACAGUCAUUGACCAUGUCAUUGUCCAUGGCAUGACAAUGGCUGAAGCAGGACUAAGAGUCCGUCCAAACCUGAGUAGGUUCACCGUGGCCACCAUUAUCAGGGCAUUCAGACAACACAACAGAGUUGAAAGAAUGCCACAUAGAGGUGGGAGGGUUGCCAUAUUUACAGCGGCACAAGAAACCCUCAUUGUGGAUAUGGUUCGUGAGAACAACCUCAUCAGACUCCGGGAGAUCAGAGACAAAGUCAUUGCCGAUAAUGUCAACUUUGAGAGCAUUCAUGUCAGCUUGGGCACAAUAGACCGAGUUCUCCGGCGCCAAAAGAUGCGGAUGAAACAGGUCUAUAGGGUUCCAUUUGAGCGCAACUCUGCGCGACACAAAGACCUACGUUACGAGUAUGUGCAAAGGAUAUUACAGUUGGACGCGAUGGCCAAACCUCAUGAGUACCUCUUCCUGGAUGAGGCUGGCUUCAACCUGCAGAAACGAAGGCAAAGAGGCCGUAACAUCAUUGGCCAAAGAGCCAUCACUGAGGUUCCAGGCCAACGGGGGGGGUAA